AUGAUAACAAUCGGUGCCAAGAACGACACCAAGGUUGGAUCGCAGCUGAUUCGGCGCGGUUGCAGUGUCAAUGCCCAGAACGAUGUGGGAGACACUGCCAUGAUGAUGGCGUGCCGCGAGGAUCAGCUGCACUUCGCACGCUGGCUCCUUGACGACCCUCAUUUGGACGUCUUGCUACGGAACCAUGCGGGCGAGGAUGCUAUUGACAUCUGCGAAAGCCACGGCUUGAGUGGCAUGAGGAUGCAGCUGGAGUCCAAAGCACGACAGCAAGCUGAGCUGCAAGCGGAGAAAGAGAAAACGACGGCGAAGAUGAUGGAUUCAUUGAUGGUGAAGUAG